AGGAUACCUACCUUUUUCUUAUAUUAGUUCUUUCGCUGCGGUGUUCUUGGUGGACGGACAUGUUGUGUUUUUAAAACUGUGAUUUUUGUUGAAAUGUAGCCGAUUUUUGUGUUUAUACUUACGCUUUUUGGUCUUGGCUGGAGGGUAUUUUUUGUGAAAUUCUGAAUAUUAAAACAGACGGAAUAAAACAACAUAAAUAUGAGCGGGGAACAAGUUAAAAUGAAAAAACAGCUGGGACUGAUGGAAGGGGUAGCUAUAAUACUCGGGAUAAUAUUCGGCAGCGGUAUUUUUAUAUCGCCUAAGGAAGUGCUAGAGAAAACCGGAUCAGUGUGGGGUGCUUUGACAGUAUGGGUGGUUUGUGGUGUCAUAGCAACCCUGGGAGCCCUGUCCUAUGCGGAAUUGGGCACAACCCUGGUGCAAUGUGGAGGUGAUUACAACUACAUAAAUGAGGCGUACGGGCCACUACCUGCUUUCCUUUACCUGUGGGAUGCUAAUUUUGUCUUUGUGCCAAGUACCAAUGCAAUUAUGGCAGUAACUUUUGCAAGCAACGUUCUGCACCCAAUAUUUCCUUCCUGCCCGGUUGAUCCUUUAUGUCGGAAAUUAAUUGCAGCUGUGACUAUUUGUUUUCUGACGUACUUGAACGCAUACGACGUGCGUUUCACCACACGCAUCCAGAACGUGUUUAUGUUCACGAAAAUAUCUGCACUAGUCAUUAUCAUAAUUGGCGGCAUCGUGUGGAUGGCUGGAGGAGGCGUACAACAUUUCGAAAAUGGCUGGGAGGGCACGAAGACGUCCGUUAGCGACUGGUCUGUUGCAAUUUAUUCUGGAAUCUUUUCCUACUCGGGCUGGAGCUACCUGAACUUCAUGACAGAGGAACUGAGGAAUCCCUACGUGAACCUCCCGCGUUCGAUCUAUAUUUCGCUGCCACUGGUGACUGUUAUCUACUUCAUGACGAAUGUGGCGUACCUGGCAGUGUUGGGGCCCGCGGGCGUUAUGGCCUCUGAAGCUAUUGCUGUUGACUUCUCGGUGGCGGCGCUCGGCUGGAUGAGUUGGGGCAUGCCGACGCUGGUCACGGUGUCGGUGCUGGGUGGGCUGUCUGUGCACGUGAUGACGUCAUCGCGGAUGUGCUUUGCCGGCGCGCGCAACGGCCACAUGCCGGAACUACUGGCGCACAUCAACACCAAGUGCAUGUCGCCGAUGCCCUCGCUCGUGUUCCUGAUGGUGGUCUCCCUGAUAAUGCUGAUACCGAACAACUUGACGGCAGUGAUCACAUACUGCACGGUGGUGGAAUCCUUCUUCACCACGCUCAGUUGUAGCGCUGUGCUUUGGCUGCGAUACAAAAAGCCUGACCUUGUUCGUCCCAUACGGGUUUCGCUGUGGAUUCCCUCUGUCUUCGUGGCCGUUUGUUCCAUCCUGCUGGUGGUGCCGAUACUGAGCGAGCCGGUGGCAGUCGGAGCCGGGGCCCUGAUGACCCUGGCGGGGGUGCCCGUGUACUACCUGUUUGUCAAGUCGCAGCCAAAAUUCGUGAGGGAGUUGUCCAUUAAAUUCACGCAUCUAUGCCAGAAGCUGUUCAUGUCCGCCGUCGAAGAUCAAGAUGAAUAAGGCAGGCGAACCGCUUCACUUGGAAACCCACUGAAUUUGAAUAUUUUACGCAUUGUAUCUCUACUCAAGUUUAAGCAUAUAUACUCGUAGUUUCUAGUAAUUUACAACAUUUCAAAUCUUCUACGUGUAAUUUCUAUGUAACUAACAGCGUAACUAGGUUUAAGCUUAUACUCAUAUUGUCUAAGAAUUCGUGUACACGACUAAUGUUGUAGCAUCCAAAACCACUCCACUUUAGUAGUGUUUCUCGAACAGGCGGUUGGUCAUUCAUUUAGCAGUUGACAGUAAUGAUUUUACAUCUAAUGUUCUAAACAGCAAAAGUUUGUGAGCGAGCAUACAUUCCGCGGGUGUGAAAUGCGUACGCACGAACGUACACGGGACGUCUUCUACGUUCUCGGAUACACAUCACUGCAUGCAAUAAUGUGUCUGAAAUCAGAAAAAUAAUGAGCAGUAUGGCAAUUCAUAUGGCCCUCGAAGUCGCUGUUAAAUGAAACCGAAUGACUUGCCACAAGUUUUUUUUUUCUUCGCCUUCAAACGUACGUAGCUGUGACGUCAUCCAGUGGCUUGCACUUUCGGUCAGGGUAUGCAUAAAGCAGACGCAUGGCAUAAAAUGGAAAAAAUUCCUUCUAAUACGAGCUAUUUUGAGUAGGCAGUGCUUUUGAGCAUGUAUGAAGUGCACGCUACUGACGUCAUCAACGAUUCUCACUUAUUUCCGAAAGUUACGUACCGAAGAGGAAUAAAAAAGCUAUUUUCUGUAUCGAGACACCCGAACCUACAAGUGGUGGGUAUUAUUUUUUUUUUUAUAGGGGGGCUUUUCAUUUUUGAAAUGUUGUCAAUGAUUGCCAAUUCUGUUUCACAAAAAUCUUUAAAGUGCACUAAAUUGACGGAUCGGAAUACUUUUUCAUACGGUAAAUUGUAUUUUAUCCACGCUUCUGAUACGUACCGUGGAACGCCCUCCCGGCAACUGUGUUUCCUGCCACAUAUAACUUGAGAAC